AUGCAGCCCUCUACUAUCUUCGCCAUCCUUUCCGUUCUCGCCCCUUUCGCUGCCGCCCACUGCUGUCAUGUUAUCAAUGAGAACAACGAAUGCAGGGAUGGCAGCUGGGGUACUCCGUGCUGUGGCCAGGGCGGUUGCAACAUCUUCUGCUGCAACUGUGACGGCGGUUGCCGUAGCGAUAAUCGCAAGCUAGCCAGCCGCGCCACCAUUGACGGUGCGGCAGACGCCGACACCUUCAGCGUCGCUGAUGUCGAUGGCACCGGGAACCUCACUCUUGCCCAGUACACCCAGUACAUGGGCGCUACCGAGGACGACGAGAUCUACGUCAACUGGUUCAAGCAGCACGACAAGAAUGGCGACGGUGUUGUCACCCCCGACGAGGUCCGCCUCAACUAG